CGUCGCCCGCUCCGGAGGAGGGGGCGGGGGGUUUCACUUCCGGGACGGUGUUCCGGCCCAUUCCGGCCCAUUUCCACCCCCGGAGCUCUCGCCCCUCCAGGGCCGACGCUAGAGAGAGAGACUUUACUCCAGGGGCUUCCUCCUCACUGGGGAAUUGCUGGGAAGAGCAAACAAAAAGGCGCUGGUGUAGGCUCCAAAAUAAACACCUGAAUUCGUGAUGGCAUCGACAGAGGCUCUUAAAGGAUUAAAAGUUUCAAAACAAACAAUAACGCUUUGGAAAAAGCAGGGUUGAAUGUCUGCCUGUAUUUUCAGGCAUGACCAUGGAGAAAAGUGGGAACAUACAAUUGGAGAUCCCUGACUUCAGCAACUCUGUUCUGAGCCAUCUCAACCAGCUACGAAUGCAAGGCCGUCUCUGUGAUAUUGUGGUCAAUGUGCAAGGACAAGCUUUUCGGGCUCACAAAGUAGUCCUGGCUGCCAGCUCUCCUUAUUUCCGGGAUCACAUGUCCUUGAAUGAAAUGAGUACUGUGUCCAUUUCUGUCAUCAAGAACCCUACUGUUUUUGAACAGCUCCUUUCUUUCUGUUACACAGGGCGGAUAUGCCUGCAACUAGCAGAUAUUAUCAGCUACCUAACAGCCGCUAGUUUUUUGCAGAUGCAACAUAUUAUAGACAAAUGUACACAGAUCCUAGAGGGCAUUCAUUUCAAAAUAAAUGUGGCUGAGGUGGAAGCAGAAUUAAGUCAAACGAGGACAAAGCUCCCAGAGAGACCUCCAGAGUCUCACAGGGUUACACCAAAUCUAAACCGCUCACUUAGCCCACGACACAAUGCUACAAAGGGGAACUGGAGAGGACAGGUCAGUGCUGUGCUGGAUAUCAGAGAGCUCAGCCCCCCUGAGGAGUCUACCAGUCCUCAGAUCAUCGAACAGAGUUCCGAUGUAGAGAGCCGGGAGCCCAUUCUUCGAAUCAACAGAGCAGGACAGUGGUAUGUGGAGACAGGACUAGCAGACCCGGGGCCGCAGAGUGCAGAUGAAGUUAGGGUUCUUGGAGCAGUCCACAUCAAAACUGAAAAUCUGGAAGAGUGGCUGGGGCCCGAGAAUCAGCCUUCUGGAGAAGAUGGGAGCAGUGCAGAGGAGGUCACAGCCAUGGUAAUUGACACCACAGGCCACGGCUCUAUAGGACAAGAAAGUUACACUUUAGCGACUUCAGGAGCCAAGGUAGCCCGGCCAACCAGCAGUGAAGUUGAUAGAUUUAGUCCCUCCGGCAGUGUUGUUUCCGUGACAGAAAGAUACAGAGCCAGAAGUGAGUCUCCUGGGAGAAUGGAUGAGCCUAAGCAACUUAGCUCCCAGGUAGAAGAGUCAGCAAUGAUGGGAGUAAGCGGCUAUGUGGAGUAUCUCCGAGAACAGGAAGUAUCUGAGCGGUGGUUCCGGUAUAACCCCCGUCUCACCUGCAUCUACUGUGCCAAAUCUUUCAACCAAAAGGGAAGUCUGGACCGCCACAUGCGCCUGCAUAUGGGAAUUACACCAUUUGUCUGCCGAAUGUGUGGCAAAAAGUAUACCCGGAAAGAUCAGCUGGAAUAUCACAUCCGAAAGCACACAGGCAACAAGCCUUUUCACUGUCAUGUUUGUGGCAAAAGUUUCCCCUUCCAGGCCAUCUUGAAUCAGCACUUUCGAAAAAACCACCCUGGCUGUAUACCCCUGGAAGGGCCUCAUAGCAUUUCUCCUGAAACAACUGUCACAUCUCGGCAAGCUGAAGAAGGGUCACCUUCGCAGGAAGAAACAGUUGCCCCUGGGGAAUGUGCCCAGGGCUCAGUGUCUACUACUGGGCCAGAUUGAAAUACUGAGGGGGAGGGGGCAGACCCUCCUCCCCUUUGGGUCGUAACCAGCCCAUAUCAGGACCAGGGGCUGGUACUUAGAUUCACAAAAUGCCACCUCGCUCGACUAGAAGAUGUUCCCAUGGUGUUGCCAAAUUAGAGGAUCCAUGUGCAAAAAGCAUUAAGGCUUUUCUCCUCUUUCCCACCUCACACUUUGGAAAAUAAUCAAGCAAAUCAGCUUCUAAUUCAGGGAUCAACAGCCUUGGUUUGUUAACUUUAUAAGAAAACAAUGUUUUUAACAAAACUGAUCAGUGAAUGGUCAUUUAUCUACCAGUCAUGAUUGAACACUGUACUUAGGUCCAUAUCAUCUUGGUGGGUGAAAUCCUAGAUCUAAAAAAAAAAAAAAAAAAAAAAAA